UUACCUGGGCGGCUACAACGGGACGCACUCCUUCGAGUCUCCUGACAAGCCCUACGACGGCUACGAUGGGAUCAUGGCCAUGCGAGUGGGAUGUGCUUUGAUGGCGCUGCGCUGGUGCCCCUGGGGUUCCACACCGUAUGGACGCUCACCAGGUCUCUUCCGGCGUCGACCUUCGCUGCCGGCCUCAUCACUUUCGAGGUUGGCACGAUCACGCUUAGUAAGUUCAUUUUGCUGGACCCGCUUCUGCUGUUCUUCAUCUUGGCCUCUUUUCAUGGCUUCACCUUCAUGCACGAAGCAGAUGACAGGUCCUUUUCGAAGCAGUGGUGGUUCGCUUACCUUUACACAGGCGCAAUGCUGGGUUGCGUAAUGAGUGUCAAGUUUGUGGGCCUCUUUAUCGUUCUAGUUGUAGGCCUAUACGUUGCCCUCGACCUCUGGCAGAAACUGGGAGAGCUCGACAGGCCUUUGCUAAGCGUGGCAGCACAUUUUAUGGCUCGUGUGUUGACGCUGAUCCUGUUACCCGCUGCAAUCUACGUCGGCGUUUUCUUUAUCCAUGAUCAGCUGCUCUUUAAAGCAAAAACUCUUCACGCGGCGGACGAAGGCACUUUCAGCCCAGGUUUCCAGAUGAGGCUCAAGACGAAUUUUCUGAACAACUUAACUCAGCCCAAAAAGCUGGCUUACGGCAACGUCAUCACCCUCAAGAACACCAAUUUGGCCGGCAUCUACUUACACAGCCACAACUUUACUUACCCUCAACACAAAGUAGGGAAGAAUAAGCAACAACUUACGGGCUUCGGAGCCAAAGACGUCAAUAAUUACUUCAAGGUCCUGUUCCCCGAGGAGGACCCCGACCUGGGCGAUACUUUCUACGAUGGUUUGCCCGAGUACGUGAUGAACGGCGACUGGGUGCGGCUCUACCACAUGACCACGAAUUCCUUGGUCUCCUGCGACAGGAACAUGUCCCUCGUGACCAGGAAGCACUAUCUUGCUUACGCUAAAGCUUACAAUCUAACUGACCCUGCCCUAGCUGCUAAGAUUAACAGAGCUUUUGAUGAAAAUCCUGAAGCAACCGUCUCUAAUCCUAAUAUCACUAUGUGGCAGCUCUGGUCCGUACACAUCGUCGGGGGCAAGCCAGGGGAGUACGUGAAAGCGCUCGACUCAAGGGUCAAGUUCGUCUGCAUCCCACUGACCUGUGCCCUCACAUGGACUCGCGAGAAGCUGCCUUUGAAGUGGGGCUUCAACCAACAGGAGAUAAGUUGUUCCAAGAACGUUAUGGACGAUUAUACCAACUGGAUGGUUGAAAUUAAUAUGAACCCGCAUCUCAAAAACGAGAGCUUUUCCCACCUGGAGAGCGGCUUCUUUUCGAGAAUGAUCGAGACCCACCGAGUCAUGACCUUCAUCAACGGUCGCCUCGUUACAACUCGUGGAUCAAGGUAA